CCCCAUGCAGAGGCUGCUAAAUAGCAGCUACCUCUAUAUGGGCACACCAUGGAGUACUUCUAUACUCCACGGAUCGCAGACAUUCGUAUAGUCAUCCAAUACCUGCCCAUACCGGCUAACAACUUCGAGAUCAAGCUGUGCUGGAUCCAGUUGAUCACCUCUUCCAUCCAAUUUUGUGGGCUCAAGGAUGAAGAGGCGAGGGUGCACCUUUCUCGGUUCUUGCAGCUGACCAAUGGCUUCAAGCUUAACGGUGUGCCAGAUGAUGCGAUCCGCCUACACCUCUUCCCCCUCUCUGGUGGGGCAUGCAAAGUGGUUGUUCGAGACUCAACCGCCAUUGUCCAUCACUUCCUGGGAUGAUCUGGCUAAUAAAUUUGUGCACCGGUA